AUGGUUCAGUUAGUUGUUGUCUAUGGAGAAUGGGCUAUUCAAGAUAAGGCAUGGCAAUUUAUGGUUGAUAAUCUUAAAAGAGGGAGACUGUUUUUUUUUUUUAGUGAUGAUUGCACCCAUUGUGAUCUUCUUGAGAUGGCAAAAGAUGAAUAUAAGGUGGAAUCCGACUUGGUGGAGAUCACUUAUUCACUACUGGAGUCAAUGUUGCAACAUAUGGCACCGGAUACUCCUCCAAUGCAUGUCACAAAUGAUAGACAAGUUCAGAAUUUGAUCGAGCUAAGUAGAGCGCAUGUUAUANGUCUUUGUGUCUCGAUUCGGUUGGAGAUGGAUUGUGAUGUCAACAAUGAUUGUGAUGGAAUUUUUGACAGUGUGAAAGAUGAGGAUCAAGAUGAUAUCACAUUUGAUGGUGUUGGUGGGAGUGAGCGUUUUCUUGGCGAAGGAGCAAGAUCAAAAUCGACCUGGUCUGAUGGUAUAUUUGUCGGACAGAGUUUUAGUAGCAAGGAUGAGCUGCUUAGAGAGUUGCGAUUGACGGCCGUGAUGUCAAGAUUUGCAUUCAAAACAUACAAGUCUACUAAAACUCUGUUAGUUGCUACGUGUCGUGUGAAACGAUGCAAGUGGAAAGUCAGAGCGGUUGAAUACUUGUUAGCGGUUCGUGAUGAUUACGCGUCUAGAAUGACAGUGGGACGUAUUAAUGAUGUUCAGUUCCAUGUGCAGGAAGGAGCAUGUGAUUGUAUUGUUGAUUUGGGCCAAAAAAAAUGUACAUGUGGUGUCUUCUUCAUCGAGAAGAUACCUUGCUCGCAUGCUAUUGCCGCUUUGAUAGAGAGUAAACAAGAUGUCGCUACCAGUGUUUGCCCAAUAUAUGGGAGGGAUUAUUUGUAUUGGGCGUAUGCGCAAAGCAUUUUUCCGAAAAGUUCAGUCGGUGAAGGUAUAGAAUCAACCCCAUGUCUGCCUCCUUUCAUGAAGACGCGUCCGGGUCGGAAGAAGAAAUCAAGGUGGCAAACUUGGCUAGAAAUCGCAAGGAUGAAAGGUACCAAACCGCGGAAGGUUCAUGCUCAAUACAAUUGUUCAAAAUGCAACCAACCGGGCCAUACGAUGCCGAAUUGUGGUACUUAA